AGAGAGAGAGAGAAUGGCAGAGUGUUUCGGAGAGAGAGAAUGAGAGAGCAAAAGUGAGAGAGGGUGACAGAGAAUAAGCGCGAGAGUGGGAGAGAGAGAGAGAGAGAGAGAAAGAGCGACAGAGAAAAGCGAGAGAGAAUAAGCGAGAGAGAGCGAGAGCGAGAGAGAGCACGUGAGAGAGAGAGAGCGCGAGAGAGCGCGAGAGAGCAAGACAGCUGAUCGGUGCUGUUAUUCUGAGUUUAGCGACGACAGAGCGACGGAAAGAGGAACAGAGGAAACUGACGGCGAGAGGAAGAAGGUGAGAGCUCGAUCCUCCUGGUUCUCCUCCGAGCGGAGAACGUUCUCCUGAGGAACCAGACGGAGCCGAGACUGAUGAGAGAGGAACCCGCCUGAAACGUGAGUCCACGUGAAGGAGCCACGAAAAAUAAACAAUAAAACCAGGACGGUUCAGACGGAGCCUGAAGAGCAGGAAGGAAAUUUUGAGACGCCUAAAAAAAUGUGCUGAAAGGCGACCCCAGGACGUAGGAGGGUCCAGAGGAACGACUGACUCAGAGACUCCAGAGCGCGUGGAUCAGAGAGGAGAACGUUCCAGAGGAGAUGUCGUGGCUGUCGCCCGUCCAGUGGGCCAAAUGGACCUGGUCGGCCAUGAAGGGAGCGCCGGAGGACGAGGAGGACGAGGACGGACGAAACGACGAGGUGGAAGAUGAGGAGGAACGAUCUCAGAGCGGCAGCUCGGAUUCGGAGGGUCAGUUCGAGACCCCGGAGACGCAGUCACCCGUGCACCACCCACACCCUCCUCUCAUCACAGAAGGGGGCGUCGAGGAGCGCAGCAUCUCCAUCGCCAGAGCUUCCGAUGGUCAGGGCGGUACCGUCCAGCUCCCGGAACUUCCCCCCGAACCCGCAACCCAGAACCAGACCAUGAAAUCGCCUCCGAGAGCCGAAACCGGCGAGGACGACGCAGCACGAGAUGUUCCGAUCAGCACGGAGCGCGUCCCUGCUCCGAAAACAUCAUCCAGCUUUGAACCGGAACCAGAACCAGAACUGAAACCGGAACCACACACAGAGUCUGGGGCGUGUCCAGCACAGGAACCGGCAAACAAACCCGAACCUGGAACACAGAAACCUGGAGCGGAACGGAACCAGGGCGGAGUUCUGCUCCCGGUGGAAAACGAGACCCCGCCCCCCUCCAGAACCAAGACUAAAUCCAAACCCGGAACCAAGAAGCACAAACCCAAAGCGCCGGAUGACCUCGACAUGCCCGCUCCAGUCGACGUGGACGCCAUCCCGCUCCCCAAAACGUCGUACGCUUUCGACCCCGAGCGCUGGGACGACCCGGACUUCGACCCCUUCGGAGGGAAGAACAAGGCGCAGAACUCAGCGGCGCCACCCAGAGGCUCGUACGGGUUCGAUCCGGAUCGUUUGGACGACUCGGUGGAUCCGUUUAAGCCGAGGAAGACGCUGGCGAGUGCCGAUCCGAAACUAGAUCCCGCUGAGAGAGAGGAGGGGGAGCAGGGGGAGCGGGGUACAGAGCGCCCCCUGGUGGAGGAGAGGAAGGCGCGCCCGGCACCCAAGAAAAAUAAAAAUAAAGAUAAAGUUAUUACGAUGAGUGAACAGACUCGAUGUCUCUGUUUGUUGAUGAACCCGUGCAAGGUGAAGAACUACGAGAACACGUCUGUAAUCCCGGACACGGUCAGCCAGGCUGGAGGUCAGGAGGACGCUGAGCAUCACGCCACUGAUGAGGAGAAACUGGCGUCCACGAGCGCUCAGCAGAGGAACGACAAGAAGAUCAAAACUACCAAAACAGGAGAAGAUCUUCAGCUGGAGGAGGAGGACAGUGUGAGUGAGAAGAAGAUCAUCUGCACCCCCAGUGAUGAAUGUCAGAAGGCCAGUCCCAGUCUGGAUUCCGCUGCGCUCAGUGAGAUGGAUAAAGCGGCCGUGCUGACUCUGAUCAGAGAGGAGAUCAUCAGUAAGGAGCUGGAGUGUAACGAGUGGAAGAGGAAGUACGAGGAGAGCAGGGCCGAGGUCCUGGAGAUGAGGAAGAUCGUAGCCGAGUACGAGAAGACGGUGGCGCAGAUGAUCGAUGACGAGCGGAUGAAGAACGUGGGAUCUCAAAAGAGCGCGCAGCAGCUGACCGCCGAGCGAGACCAGGCUCUGUCCGACCUCAACUCGGUGGAGCGCUCGCUGUCCGACCUGUUCCGCCGCUACGAGAACAUGAAGACGGUGCUGGAGGGCUUCAAGAAGAACGAGGAGGUGCUGAAGAAAUGCGCUCAGGAGUAUUUAGCUCGAGUUAAACAGGAGGAGCAGCGAUACAACACGCUCAAGAUCCACGCCGAGGAGAAACUCGACCGAGCGAAUGAGGACAUAGCUCAGGUACGAGCGAGGGCGGAUGCUGAGUGUGUAGCGCUGAAUGCUAGUCUGAGGAAGGAGCAGAUGAAGGCGGAGUCUCUGGAGCGAGCGCUGCAGCAGAAGAAUCAGGAGAUCGAGGAGCUGACCAAGAUCUGUGAUGAACUCAUCGCUAAACUGGGAACCAGUGACUGAACCAAUCUCCCUCCUGCACUACCCACCCGCCCCGCCCCGCCCAGCCCCAGGCUCCAGGAACCGCUGCAUGUGCACAUCUGGAUCUGUCUUGAACAUCUGCAGCACCGACAUGUAUACAACCACCACAGCGACAAACUAACAACAACAACAACCGUCCGUGUGUGUGUGUGUGUGUGUGUGUGUGUCGCCUUGUCCUGUACGUGCACACGUUUUAAACAUUAGCGGUUUUAUUAGCUGCAACGUUUCUGUUUUAGCUACAUCAGGAUUAAUUGAAGAUGAAUGCUAACAGAUUAGCAUAAAAAUAAGUACAUAAAUGCGUUUAUUUAAAUUAGCUUCUGUGUUUACAGAUUCUGGUUUGUUUGAUAGCAGAUGUUAGCGAGGACUCACCUCAGACUCACGUUCACGCUGGACGCCACAAUUAUUUACGUUUACUCUUAGCAUUUUAGCGGCUUUAAACGUAGCGGCUUUUAAACUGAAUUCCAAAAUCAUAAACUGUAAAUUAGCCACAGCUAACAUGCUCAUAAGCACAAUCACAACGGUAACGCAUGUCUAGCUAAAGCGCUCCAGUCAGGCCGACGCCCAGUCUGUGCUGUUAGCGGAGCUUCAUCCCGGGGUCAACAUAGCGGUAAAACACGCUAGCUUGGCUCUGGAGCUCUUGAGUUUGAAUCGUGACUGUGCUAUCAGCCGGUCGGGCGCCCGCACAGACACAUGAUUGGCUGUGUGUUCAUAUGGGGGCGGGAUGAUGGCUAAAACAGGGUGCGAGUGCGCCCUCUGGUGGCCGGACAAUCACGGAUGGCAGACCGUGACUCUGUGAGCUCACAAACGUAAACAUGACAGACUCCUUUGCUAAGUGCUUUAUGUUUAUUAUUAUGGCUUUUAUCAGACGCUUAUUAAUCCUGAAUACAGUGUAGGCAAUUAAGAGCUAGGGGCCUUGCUCAGGGGCCCAACAGGGGCUCAACAGGGGCAACCUGGCCAUCAACCUUCUGGCCACUAGAGUCUAACACUUUAACCACUAAGCUUCCACAUGAGCUGCGUCUGUAGUUCAUCUUGUGACCACUAGAGGCGCAGUUCCACCUCGCGCACUUGAUGCUGUGACAUCAUCGGCAUCAACCGACCAAUCAGGACGCAGAACUCCUGCGAAGGAAUCCGUAAAUAUCAGAAGCUUCCAGAUGAGACCAGUUCCCUCAAUACUGAAAAUGAAACGAUAUCUUAGCACUGCUAGCCAGCUGCUAGCUUUAGCGUUUAUGAAGUUGCUAAUAUAGCAGCGUGCAUGCCGCGUGAGCAUCUUUUUAGCCGCGUUAGCACCUGAAGUCCAGUGUGAACGUUCGCCGAUAUUCAGGAUGUUUACGUUUCGUUUGGAAUCCGCUGUUAGCUAAAUGAACUAAACAACCAAUUUAACGCUGCUAACGACGUUCAAUAGCAAGUCGCUUAUUGUCACGCUACAGCUAAGUGCGCUAUUUAUUAGCUAUUAUUAGCAAUUUAUUAAUGAGCAUUAUUUGUAGUAAUGGAAGUGAUUGGUGGAUUUAAUUAAGCCCCACCCCUAUUUUGGGAAACGUUCGGUUCCUUUCUGUAGGAUUUUGGCGGUUCUCGUUCUUGGCUGUGAUUAGCGGCGCUAAACGUUCUCGCUAACACCAACCAGUCAGAGAAAGCCGGCGACGUUUAGUGGGAGGUUCAAAUUGUUCGAGCGCGAGCCGCGAAUUCGCAAGUUUUGCAACCCGCUCUGAAGGGGCGGAGCUUAUCGCUAAUAAUCGAGUGAGUGAGAUUUAAUUUGAUAAAACUGUAGCGACGGUUCGCCAUUAGCGAUGAGACUGUGACUGUAUUUUACGCUCGUGCUGUUAUUAUUCGAGGCAUUGGUUAAGCACCGCACCCACCGCAACCCUGACCAGAAGCAAAGGUUUACUGAUCGUUUGUAGAUCACGUGACCAUGAACAGUCCGUCUCGCUGCCUUGCGGUUAUUUUUAUUACGUUCAUUAGCCUGUUUAGCUGCUAGUUAGCAUGCUAGCCUAACGAACGGUACUCCGCCGCGUUUGCGCUACACUGCCUGUUGCCAUAGCGAUGCCAAUCAAGCUGCAGUUACGACGGUUUCUGAGACCCUGUGAGUCUCUGUGUGAGAUUUUUGUGCCAAACGGAUCCAAGUGCCAGUAAAACAUGCGACAGGGUCAAAAGUAUUCGGACGCCUGACCUCUGUGUGACCUUCUGGUGCAGCUGAGGUCUUGUUGGAACAGGAAAGGGCCUCACUCAAGGGCCCAACAGUGGGUGCAUGGCAGAGCUGGGAUUCAAACCCUCAACCUUUUGAUUGACAGCCCAAAGCUCCACCCACUCAGCUUCCAGUGUACCCACUGGUGGCAGCAUUCAUUCAGCUGGAACAACAGCCACUCCUCUGAGAAGCUUCUCACAAGACUUUGGAGUGUGUCUGUAGGAAUUUGUGCCCAUUCUGUCAAAACAUGACAGCAUUUCUAUUUGUAUUGCUGGGCUGAUGCUCAGUUGAGGUUCCGGUUCAUCCCAGAGCUGUUGAGUGGGGCUGAGCUCAGGGCUCUGAGCAGGACGCUGGACAAAGGAUGCACACAAAUGUAAUAAUCAGAAGGGGCGUCCCAAUACUUUUGGCCGUGUGUGUAUGAGUGUGUUGGUGUGUGUAUAUUUGAGUUGAGUGUGUAUUGAGCUGCACAGAUCAUGUUUACUAAUAUAUAUAAAUAUAUAAAUAUAAAUAAACGCCUCUAUAUUGUUUAUUCUAUAUUUUGUUUGUGAAACUGGUCCUGAAUUAAAGGUUAUAAAUGUU